AUGGAUCACUUCUCCCCAUUCGUUCCGGCUGCGAUCAGGGUGCUCGUCCUGCCAGUCCACAUAGAAGCAUCCCGAUUCAAUAAACUCGUCGCCCGUCUCCAAAAAGAAGCCAGCGUCAUCCGACUAAUUGAUCUGGCACAUGACGAAAAAGACUAUCUACUGCAUCCGAAAUCAUUCCCUCAUGGCAGGCUCCUAUACAAUUACAGCACAUCGGAACCGUCCCAACAGUCAAGUCAACUCUCUCCGUUUGAGCUAUUCAGAGAGCCACUCUUAAUUUUGGGCAUCGUUGAUGAGAGUCAUCGUGAUGCAGAGCAGCCACAGCUGGAGAAUGCGGCGCAAUACUUGCGGGAAAAGCAUCCCCGUGUGGUACAUCGCCAGCUGAUAGUCCUGGACGAUGAUGCGGAACGCGAAACAAAAAAGACCAAAUCCUCGACAAUCUCGAUCAGCAACCUCGAUCAGGACCAUGAUCGCUCCCUGUGGGCAGCGAUGCGCGAAGUCUCCACUCGCUUUUUGUCGGAUUUGAGCACAUAUGCGAAUGCUUUACAGGCAUCACCAAAUAUCCAGACACCUGGUCAGACCUCACGUAAUUAUCAAAGGUUCAGUCCACUGCGCGAAAAUGACAGGCGUCCAGGCUCGAGUAGUGGCACACCGCCUCAAAGCGUUGGUGUGCCAAGUCCGGUGGAUGAGGAGAGUCCGAGGCACUCGAGCGGGAGCCAUGGUCCUCCAGCAACUUCAUUUGAUCAAAUGCAAGGUGUGACCGGGAUCCAAAGAUCUGAUAGUAAUGCGAGCAAUCCGACUGGCAAGAUCAAGGCCCGCGCACGAGCGACCAGCAACGAUCGUGUGCCGCCACAGGGCUUCGGGUCCAAUAAUUCACAAGAAAAGCUUCGUGCCCGAGGCAAGGCGCGGGUGGGCAUUGUGAUCGGUGCGAUCCAAGUCAUGGCUGGUCAAUGGCUUGAGGGUCAAAAGGCACUCGUAGACCACACUAGUAAAGCAAGGAGCCUUGCCGACAAUCUGUGGACUGCGAAAGGCCUUGAGAUGAUCAUGGUCUGUCUGCUGUUACAGGCGUGGGCUGAGACAGAAUUCUCAAUCCCAUCCCUAUGCUAUCCAGCUUUUGAGAAAUCCGGACAUGUCUCUCGCCUAUCAGCCUCACUUUCCCCAGAGAAUAAGAUCGCGGAUGACCCCAAAGAACGACGCAAAUCUCAGGUCUCCAACCUAUCUAAAGCGAUCCCAGAUCUACUGAGAGCGAUCAAUGACCUUUAUCGUUCCGCAGAGGGCGCACUGGAAUUGCCUUUCCUCGCUCCCGCAGAUGCUGCCAUUCGAUCAGCGAGACUUCUAACCGUGUUGGCUGAAGGCAAUGGUGAACUGUCGCUGGAGAGCCUCAAAUCGCUCGCGACUCCACACAUGAAGCGUCCAGCGAUUCUAAGCAGCAUCCGUGGGAGGUCAUAUAGUUCUGGCCCCCGAGCUUUGACGAGGAUCGGGAUAAGCGACCUGCUCUCUCAGGCGUUACCGACGGACGACGACGGGGUCAACAUCGUCGAUCACAUCACACUUCUCGCAGGCUUGGCCUCUGCGUACUCUACUCUGGGUCUCGAACGUAAGAAGGCUGUCACUGUCCAGGAGAUGAUUGUGCGUCUCACAUCGGCGAUGGUCCAAGCACGCAAAAUUGGUGCUGCAGAAAUGGGCAUCCAUCCAGCAGCAAGUCUGUCGAUGAUUUCUGGCCAAGAAAAUACCGUCCAAUCCGGAGAAGAGACUCGCGGAUUUAACCUCUUGAUGGACGAGAUCUCGAACGUAUACGGCAUCUCUCUUGUGCCCGAUGAACCAUCGAUAGCUCCUGUAUUUGCUGAGCCCAACCAUUCCGGGAACAAAAUGCUUAAACAUGGUAUCUUGAGAGAACUUGCGGCAUUCUGUGAAGCCUCACCCGAUCCUGAUGGCCUCCUGCGAGUUAGCGCAUCGCACCUGAGGAUGGGCGGCCCGAACUCCGCCAUAGAUCUAGACGCCGAGACAAUCUCCUCGACGUUUUCCAGGGAGGAACAAAUACACUUGAAUGCAUUAAUAGGUCGGACUGUCGCUGUGUCGAAACACCUUGGUCUUUCUGACAGCCAGGCUGCUUAUUGGGAUCCAUUCAUUGUGCGAGACGUGCAAUUUGCGCUUCCGACCGCUGAGCAAAUCAUCAUCGACCGAUCAAGAUUAAACAGCAAAGAAACAGCCAUAGAUCCAGAGCGACCGGCGAAUCCUCUCCUAUACGACCCGAACGCAAGUCGACCAGGAACUUCGAUUCAGCCCAAGUCCGUGUUAGUGCAAGGAGAACUUGCGAAGUGCAUCGUCACGCUUCAGAAUCCUUUCAGCAUGGCGGUUGAACUGGAAGAAUUAGAAGUUGUAACGGAUGGUAUUCAGCUUCAAACGCACUUCAAGCCAAUGAGUCUCGGUCCGCUGCGUUUCCAAAGUCUGCCUGUUCUUGUAUCGUCUGCGGCCAGUGGCGACACGAAACUCACCGCCAUUCGUCUGAAGGUUCACGGCUGUUAUUCUCAAGUAUUCCCAAUUUUAGACAGUCCAUGGGCGUCGCAUAGUCCUCUGACGAUUAAGAGCUUCAAGCCGGAGGCGCCGUCGGCCUCUGAAACUAUUGCUGAGAAAGAUGCCCUCCACAGGAUGGGCAUUCGAUCAAAGACCAUUUCGGCCACAAUUGUCGGACCUCUUCCAACACUCACACUUGAACAUUUCUCUCGGUCAGAAUUCGGUAUCAUGCUGCUAGAUGGCGAGACUCAAACGGUUACCGUAGCACUCCGCAACACUGGCACCAGUCCCGCCCGCAUAUUUGAAAUAAAAGAUAAUCAAGGCGUGAUCCGCUCUGCAAAGAUCACAGAUGAGCAGGUCGAUGCGGAUGACAUUCUCGAGCGCAUCAUACAGCCUGGCCAGACAAUCAAUUUUAAGAUCAGCAUCAUUGGCAAAGCCGAAGUUACCAGCACGAGAAUCAGCUUCUACUACGGACCGGGUGACCCAGAUCAGACCAGACUAGCGCGGAUCGUGUCCGUCUCUGUCGAUAUGACUGUCAAUGCUGCUCUACAGAUCCAGCAUUUCGAGAUCAUCUCGAGGAUCGACAACAGCUCCUCUGAGCUCUGCUUGGCAUUCGAGAUUCGAAAUGCGUGGCCGGAAUUGAUGCAUUAUCAAUGCAAGGACACAUCUCAGGAUGAUAAAGACCUUUCUCAUGGUCAGCUAGUCCCUGGAGAGGUGAAACGGAUCUGCUUAUAUCCCGCCCGACCAGACGCGGACUUCGAGUCCACGAUUUCCGAAGUCUGGGCCCAACUGUUACGCCAACUGAAGAUUACAUGGACCGUCGAAAAACGCAGUGGCGUCGUAGACCUGAACGGAAUUCCUUGUCCCACGAAUAGCAUGGAGUCGCUCCUGCAGCCUCCAGCCCGCCUGGCUAUUCAAAUCCGCAAGAAAAAAUCAGGCGAUUUGGAACCCAUCGACUCCGGCAGCCACGUCCAAGUGUUAGUGGGCCAAUUCAUCACAAUACAAGUUUCAAUAACGAACCACUUCAAGCGACUUCUACCUCUACACGUCCAGCUCUCCCCACAACAGGACUCCGACAUCGUACGCGACGAGAGACGUUUCGUCGUCGCCGGCGCGCUCCAGCGGAUCCUACCGCCAAUGACGCCCGGUGCGGUCUCGAUGGUGGAAUUUGUGCUGUGCCCGACGUUACCAGGGACGCUGCGCUUGAAUCUCGCGGCUAGGGCAGCCCGGAUCAGUAGCGAUUUUGAGCAACUUGGGGAUUGGACGAGUCAUAAAUCUUUCUUCUUGGUCGCUGGGAACACGCCGAUGACGAUAGCUGACGGAGACGCGAAUUGA